UCCCGGUUCCUUUCCCUGUCCGAUUCCCGCUCCCUGCUCUCCGCCGCCCGGUGCCCGCUGUGCCUGGGCCUGUUCCGUGACCCGGUCUCCAUCCCCUGCGGCCACAACUUCUGCCGCGCCUGCAUCGAGCGCUGGGCGCGCUCCCGCGGCAGCUUCGCGUGCCCGCGCUGCCGGGACGCGGCCCCGCGGCCGAGCCUGCGGCCCAACCGGGAGCUGGCGGCGCUGCUGGCGGCGCUGCUCCGCCCGCCGGCCCGCGGGGACCCCGCGGAGCGCUGCCCGCCGCACGGCGAGCGCCUGGAGCUGCCCGGCCACACCGAGCGCGGCCCCGCCCGGCACUGCGAGGGGGCGGCGCGGGACAGGAAGGAGGAGCUGCGGGCCCCGAGGGACAGGAGGGGGAGGAUGGAGGGGCUGAAGGCUGCGGAGGAAGGAAAGAGCCGGGACUUGCUGGAGCGCGGGGCCGCGGAGCGGGAGCGGCUCCGGGCGGGGCUGCGGGAGCUGCGGGAGCUGCGGGAGCUGCGGGAGCUGCGGGCGCUGCUGGCGGCGCGGGAGCGGCUCCUGCUGCGGCGCCUGGCGGGGCUGCAGCGGGACCGGCGGCGGCGGCAGCGACGCAGCUCCGGCCGCCUCUCGGAGCGCAGCGCAGCCCGGGGCCGCCGGGGCCGCCGGCUGGAGCGCGGGAGCGAGCGGCCGCCCCGGGAGCUGCUGCAGUGCCCGGGCCGCUGCGGGGCCACCGGGCCACCGGGGCGAGCAGAGCCCGGGCCGCUGCGGGGCCACCGGGGCGAGCAGAGCCCGGGCCGCUGCGGGGCCACCGGGGCCACCGGGGAGAGCAGAGCCCGGGCCACUGCGGGGCCACCGGGGCGAGCAGAGCCCGGGCCGCUGCGGGGCCACUGCGGGGCCACCGGGGAGAGCAGAGCCCGGGCCACUGCGGGGCCACCGGGGCGAACAGAGCCCGGGCCGCUGCGGGGCCACCGGGGCCACCGGGGAGAGCAGAGCCCGGACCGGAGCCCGGAGGGGCUCACCGGGAGCACCUCCCAGAAACUCCUCUCAAAACCCGUUUUUCCCGCUAAAUUAUUCCCCCGGGUGCCCACGGAGUCACCUGUCCAGGACAGCGCAGACAUCCCCGGCAGGUUCGUCCCCGCCGCCUCCUUGUCCGGGGGGCUGCAGAGCCCCGAAAAUCGAGACUCCUCAGCCGGGUCAGCAAACGAGGAGCAGAUCCUAAAAACCCGAGAGGAGUGGGAUGAUAAAAUCCUGGAAAUUUGGGAUGGUGCGGGUUGGAAGGGGCUUUUCCCAUUCCUGAUUUCCGUGGAGAAAAUCUCUCCCGAACUUUCCAGGGAGGAGGCGCAGGGUGAUCCCGAGCCCGCGGAGGCUCCUCGGGAGCCGGCGGAGGAACCCGCGGGGCUGCCCCGGAAAAUCGCCGCGCUCGGCGAGAUGCUGCAGAAAUUCCGAGCCAGCCUGACCCUGGACCCCGACACGGCGCACCCGCGCCUGGCGCUGUCCGCGGACCUGCGGCGGGCGCGCUGGGACCCGGCCCGCGGCGCCGUCCCCGCGCACCCCAAGCGCUUCGACUCGUCCCGCUGCGUGCUGGCUCAGCAGGGCUUCGUCCGCGGCCGCCACUACUGGGAGGUGCGGGUGGUCGCCGGCGCCGCCUGGGCCCUGGGGGUGGCCCGCGAGUCCGUGUCCCGCCGUGGGCGGCUGCGGGCGCGGCCCGAGCGCGGGGUCUGGGCCGUGGGGCAGAGCGGGGGGCGCUGCCAGGCGCUGGCCUCGCCCGGAGCGCCCGUCGCGCUGCCGGAGCCCCCCGAGAUCCUGGGGGUGCUGCUGGACUGCGAGGCGGGCCGGGUGCUGUUCUGGGAGCCGCGCCGAGCCCGGCCCGUGUUCGCCUUCCCGGCCGCGACCUUCGGCGGGGAGCGGCUGCUGCCGCUGCUGUGCCUGGGCCGGGGCUGCGAGCUGGAGCUGUGCUGAACCCCGAAACCGGGGGGACCCGAGCUGCAGCUGUGCUGAACCCCGAAACCGGGGGGACCCCGAGCUGCAGCUGUGCUGAACCCCGAAACCGGGGGGACCCGAGCUGGAGCUGUGCUGAACCCCGACAUCCGGGGGGACCCGAGCUGCAGCUGUGCUGAACCCCGAAAUCCGGGGGGACCCGUGAUGGAGCUGCUGCUGUGCCCGGACUGAACCCCAAAAUCCGGGGGCACCCCGCGCUGGGAAGGGCUGGAAGGAGAAUUUCUGUCCCAAAAUGAGGCAGAAAAGAUUUUUUCUUUAUCGGGAUAC